UACAUUAGCAAAUAUAUAUAACACCUUAGAAUUACAGCUGUCAGAAUUAACGUGUUAAUGCAUGCAAUUAAUUUAUCAUGCGUUAAUUUUUCUUAAUUGCGAUUAAUACAUUUACCAUUAAUACAGCAUAAACCAGCACUGGUUGGAAGGGCACCUUCCUUUGCUAUGUGUAUGCUCGGAGCCUUUGCUAUGUGUAUGCUCGGAGUCAUUACAUUGAUGCACACUUCAAAAUGUACACAACAGCGCUUCAUGCCAGUGACAAAAUGAUGGAGAAAGGACCUCUUAACACUAUUUGAUGUACAAAACAAGCCCAAAUAGAACUUGAGAUAGUAAUCAAGUAUUUUACAGCCUAUGUAAGGUGCAUUUUAAUAACCACAGAAGCACGUCAAGUCUUAAUUAUCACCAAAAAGUAGAAUGAGACAUUUUUGUCUGUGUAGCGCGGAGGAGGGCGGGGCCAGGUGGAAUGAUGGACGCCCGGACCCCAAUCAACCCGAUGAGGCGAGCGAGGGAUAAAGGCGAACGGCAGCUCGAGAGAGAGAGAAUUAUGGGCAGCUGCCCUGUAUGUGUUUGUGUGUCUUUUUAUUUAAUUAAAUAUUAUUUAUAUUGUUAAGCCGGUUCUUGCCUCCUCCUUUCCCUUGUACCCCCUUUACAUUGGUGCCGAAACCUGGGAGGGAGGAGGGAUGCCCGUCGUAGAGUCCUCGACACUGCCGUCCACCCAGGGGAGCGCCGCUGCCAUCUGCCGGGGGAAGGCUGCGAGGCGAGGAGGGACAGGACUCCCUGACCGCCUGGAGCGAUGGAGUCGCUGCCAGGGGCGGAGGAGUGUCCCCAUGUGCCGCCAGAAAAGCGGAGGGGCGUUCUGUCCGCUGGGGGUCGGAGGUUUGACUCCGGUCUGCCCGGGGAGGAGCGGCUGUCGUCCGCCUGAGAGAGUGGAGGAGUGAUCAGGGACCACGUGACGGCGCAUCAGAGAGCCAGAGGGGAAAAGGUACACCAUCCAAAGAAUCACUUUGAGGUUUAACACAGUGGAUAUUGACAGGCCUCGCAUGCCAACACAGAAAUCAGAGAUGAUGAGCCAGGAUGACCCAAAGUCACGCCCAAUGCUGGAACUACGAGAGAAGCUCCAGCCAGAGGUGAGUGAGCUGAUUAAGCAGCAGAGGUUGAAUUGCCUGUGUGAGGGGACCUGCUUUAGGAAGAUCAGCGCUCGUCGCAGACAAGACAAGUUCUUGUAUUGUCGUCUAUCACCAAACCACAAAGUGUUACACUAUGGAGAUAUAGAGGAGAUCUCUCAAGGACAAAUAUCACAUGACUCUCUCCAGGAGAAAGUGACAGUAGCAGAUAUCAAAGCAGUGGUCACAGGUAAAGAUUGCCCACACAUGAGGGAAAAAGGAGCACUUAAGCAGAACAAGGAGCUGCUGGAGCUGGCUUUUUCCAUUCUCCAUAACUCUGAUGAAUAUCUCAAUUUCAUUGCUCCAGACAAACAGGUGUUCUGCAUUUGGACUGAUGGCUUGAAUGCCCUUUUGGGAAAAGAGAUGACAAGUGAGCUCACAAAAUCAGAUAUGGCCACCCUGGUUACCAUGGAGAUAAAACUUCGCCUCUUGGACCUGGAAAACAUUAAAAUUCCUGAGGUCCCUCCUCCUAUCCCCAAAGAGCCCAGCACUUACAACUUUGUUUACGACUUUACCCAACAACAGACUUGAGACUGGAAUAAAGUCCUUAAUCGUGCUGAUAAUCAGCUGUGUAAAGGGUGUUCAGUUUCCUCUUGUACGGACAGCACAAUUUUCAGAUCUUAAAACUUUCCUCUAGAUUGUGACUAUGACGUGAUGCUUAAGUUUUCUAUUUCCUUAAAAAGUCUCUUGUAAAAAAGGUGUAGAAGUACAAAUCUACAUAAAAUGUUAUGGACUGAUUUGUUUUAUCACAUUUAGAUUUGGAAUCUGUUUUCAGCAACAAACACACAUAAGAAACAAUCAAUAUAACACAUAACAAAAUCAAUAUAAUCAGUCACAGGAAUGUUACAAAAUUACAUGUGUUAGUCAUUCAUGGAUGGAUGGAUACAUUCCACAGCAACAAAGCCAUAUGACUCAGAAAAUUUAAAAUGUGCCGUGUGCAUUUGUGGGCUGGUUAUGGAUUAAUGUUGUUGGUUAGAUCAUUGUUUGGUUCUAAAUUCUUUGGAAAAGCUGGCCAUAAUGAGAUUGCUUCUCAAGAUUCCCUGGUAAGAGGUUCUGAGCAGCAUGGUGGAAAGGGGUAUGUGUGUGUGGUAGGGUUGCUCCAACACCAAAAUGUUGGCUUCGGUACGAUACCAGCCCUGGUACCUCGGUAUCGAUACUAAAUCAAUACUAAAAUUAACAAAUAAAAAGCCUCAGAUUUUUUAUGAAAUUAAACAGAAAAUGACUUGAAUGACAGAAAUUAACUGCAUAAAGUCUCACAGAUACAAAUUAUGCGUUUUCCGUUUGAAUUUUUCUGGAUUCAAUGUUAAAUGUUUUUCCUAAAUGUUAUGAUCAAAUGGGUUUUAAUCAAAUUGAUACAUAAUAAUUGCAAUUUUAUUUUUGGUAAAUUAAAAUGCUGCACAGGGGGCCUGGGUAGCUCAGUGGUAAAAUACACUGGCUACCACCCCUGGAGUUCGCUAGCUCACUAGUUCAAAUCCCAGGGCGUGCCAAGUGACUCCAGCCAGGUCUCCUAAGCAACCAAAUUGGCCCGGUUGCUAGGGAGGGUAGAGUCACAUGGGGUAAACUCCUCGUGGUCGCUAUAAUGUGGUUCAUUCUCAGUUGGGCGUGUGGUGAGUUGAGCGUGGAUGCCGCGGUGGAUGGUGUGAAGCCUCCACACACGCUAUGUCUCCGUUGCAAUGUGCUCAACAAGCCACCUGAUAAGAUGCAUGGGUUGACGUCUCAGACACAGAGGCAACUGGGAUUUGUCCUCUGCCACCCAGACUGAGGCGAAUCACUACGCGACCACAAGGACUUAAAAGCACAUUGGGAAUUGGGCAUUCCAAAUUGGGAGAAAAAAAUAAUAAUAAUAAUAAUAAUUUUAACGCUGCACAACAGAGCUAGCUUCACAGUAUUAAUGAAAAAAAAAAUCUGAUUACCCAUGGUAUAAGACUGCUAUGGCUGACUCACAACAUGCUGAUAAACACUUGCAUUUGUGAUAUUGCUUACAUAAUAUUAUAAUAAAACAACCAUUUAAUAUUAUAGAA